UCCAAGCUUGGGGUUCCUUUAAAAAAGAGGUGCCUCUGAGCAGAGCCCAGUGGGCAUCUCAAUGAACAGAUGAAUAUAGAAGCUGUACCUCAAAUCCAUGGCUGGCAAAGAGGUCCCUUUGUGGGCAAGGGAGCGGAGCAAGGGUCAAGAAGUGGCUCAGAGCGUGGGUGGCUUUAUCCUGGGCCUUGCCGUGGCUACAGUCUAUGGGCUUCUGGGCCUAUUGGUGCAGGGGCACAGUCCUUGGACCUGCCUGGUGGGCACUCUCUCUCUAGCUAUCUUCUUGGGCCUAGGUAUGGGCUUUUCCCGCUCCGUUCGAAUCAGUGUCCUGCUGCUGCUGCCUCAGGCCUUUUCUCGACAGGGCCGGACACUGCUGCUGAUUGCAGCCUUCGGGCUGGUUAUGCAGGGCCCCUGUGCCAACAUUAUCAGAAACUUCAGUAGGGCGAGUGAUUCUGUGGCUUGUGGGGCAGAGCUGGCCCUUAACCAGAGUGCAGAGGUGCUUCAGCGGGCCCGGCAGCCCCUAAUCAGUGCCCUGAAAAAGAUCAAGGCCCUUGCAGGGAAGGCCAAGGAGGUGGCUGACCGGAUCCGGAAAUUCUUCCGUUCUAUCAUGGAUGGCGUGAAGCACGUGGUCAGGGCCCUGCGAAAUGUGUGGUACUGGCUUUUGCACAUUGGCGAUGUGUGCAAUUCUGAGCUAGGCUCACCCUACGGGAAAUGUGCUAAGAUCUUUGAUGAUGCCAAGGAUCGCUGCAUGAAGGCGGUGCCCCAGUUCUACCACCUCUGCUAUAUCCUCAUGCCUUUCAAGUUGCUCCUCUGUGGUCUGGCCACUGUGACCCAGCUGUUCUGCGUUAUCCCCCGCUAUCUACAGCCAUUCUUGCGGACCACCAUUGGCACCCCGGUGAUUCAAUUGAUUAACCGUGUGCGUAAGGAGUUUGAGUUCAACGUCACAUCCUCCCAUCACUUCAAAGUGAAUCUCAACUCUUCCCGAAGCCUGUCUCAGGUGGCCUUUGACCUUCGAGAGGCUGUCAACCUGAGGCUACAUCCCAUCAGGGAGACCCUGGCCCUGCUUGGCCACACCACUCCGCUACUGUUAAUUUUCCUCUAUAUCCAAGCCCUCUUCUACCGCUACUAUUACCUGACUCAGGACAACUUUGACAACAUCUAUAUAACCAACCGCUUCAUGCGUAUGGAUGCCCGCCGGAUCCAGGCUGGUCUGCCUUCAGUCCUGCCCCUGAGCCUCAGGGAAUGCACCCGAUAUAUCCGGCCAGGUUCCCUAUACCUGUCUAGGAUGGAGCGGAUGCAUUACACCUUGGCGACCUUCACCCUAAUCCGACAUCUGCUGCUGGUGUUGCUGCUCGUGGUACUGGACUAUGCCAUCUUCUGGUUGCUGGACCUGGCUCGCUAUUGGCUGCAGGGGGAGAUUGUGACUCGGAACCCUGUGUUGGUGUCGGUGACUGUACAGGGGACAGGCUACGUGGGACAGAUCUACCGUGACCUGGUAUCAGUGUUUGACAUCCUUCAGAAGGGAAAUAUCACCAUUCUAUCCCGGCGCUGCCUUCUCCGUACAUCAGAACCCAACUACAAAAGCUAUAUACUUAUUGGCCUCAUGUAUGGCCUGUGUUUCUUUGUUACCCUCUUCGGCUCUUACGUUGGACGGAUGAGUCGGGUCAUCUGUGCUUCCUACUACCCAUCCCGGGAGCAGGAACGGAUCUCUUUCCUGUACAACAAUCUGCUGACCCGCCGAUCCAACUUGGCCAUUUCUCUGGUUGGUGCUGUGAGGCGUCGGGCAGCUGAUCAGGGCCACGCCAACAUUCUCCUUGUGCUUGCUGCCAAGUGGCCCCGCCUAAUACCACUCAUCAAUCUCCUGGGAAUCCAUCAGACCUACUGCCUAGGCUGUGGAAGGCCUCAGAAUGAACAUGAGAUGCAAGAUUUUGUUCCCUGCAGCACCCCAGGUUGCAGAGGCCUCUUCUGCAGGACCUGCUUCAGACUCCUGAAUAACACCUGCUCAGUGUGUGCAGCGCCCCUGACUCCGCAGGGAGACCUGGAUCUAGAGUUGGACUCCAGUGAUGAUGAACACCCCCGCCUGUGGCUGGCUUCAGCCAAAACACUGAGCAAGGAGAAGCAAAAGCGGCUUAAGAAAAAGCUGAAGACAGUCCUGGGGAAGGACAGGUUCAGGAAGCUAUCCCUUCUCUCUAAUCUAGAUCGAACCUGUAGCUCAAGCAAUGGAACAGGUUCUAGCUGUAACAAGCAGCAGGAGAAUGAGGAUGGGGUCAGUGGUGACCAAGCUGAGGACAAGAAAGAGAAUGAAGAUGAACCCAAGUCGUUCCCACAGCCUACCUCCACUCAAUCUCCUGUCCAUAUUACCAUCUCCCCAUUUCCCCCCCUCCCCCAGAAAUAGCUACUGCCUCCUCUGGUUUCCAACCCCAUCCAACCCUAUCUACCUUCUCUGUCUCCCGAUUCCAGAUCCCCAUCCCCACCCAUAAUUAAAGAAGGAAAGAGAGGCCAACACAACUGCGAAUCUUAAAUUAUUAUUAUUUUCUUUCUGUUGCUUACACCCGAGGGGAGGGAAAGGGAAUGGGGCAGGAGAGGAGGAACUGCCCCCCCCAACCCUAAGGCACUGACUGGAAAAGCCAAGGGAAUGGGGAGGGGAGGCCAAGGUGUCCUCAGUCUCCCUCCCUCCAGCCCUGGGCCCCCCACCACCUGAAAUGCUAAGAUGGGGCCCGGGGCACCCAACCCCCCCAAUAUAUUACAUCAUCACGCCUUAAAUAGAUACAGGGACUGGUCCCGCUACCCCCUCCCCUGACCCCCCCUAGCUUGGGGGGGGAGAGGCCUGAGCAGCUGUGCAAAUGGGCAUGGGGCAUAGUGGGAGGGGGAAGGAAGGGAGACAGCACCGGCCCCUGAACCUGCCCCCCCAGGGAGGGGGAGGGGCCACUAGGCCAGGGAGGGGGAAUAGUGCAAGGCAGAGUUGGGGUGGGGGAGGGAGGGAUCCCCCCUUACCAGCCCAAUCAGCAGAGCCCAGGCCACAGUGGGGGUCCAGCACCCAGCGAGGAAGAGGGCUGGAGAGAGCCCCCAGCACCCUCCUGUCACCCCAGGAAAUCAAGAGAGAAUUAAAAUUUUCAAACUAGAUUUCAACAAGACCAACAGAAGAUGCUAUAUACAGAAGGAUGGGUGGAUUGGAUCCUAAGGGAGUCAGGGGCGGGGGGGGGAGAGGGCGGGAAGAGACUCCCUACCCAACACAGGAGAGGCCCCCAAGGAAUGGGGCAGAAGAGGGACAAGUUAUUUGUGCAGCCCCUCGAGGGACCGGCAGCACAUUCAAGCUAUUAUCCCGCUGCUGCUGCCGCCGCCGCCGCGAGGGGGCGCUCGCCCACAGGCAGCGGUGGUUGGGGGUGGCGGAAUCUACUCGCCCAAAGCAGCCGCGAGGGGCGCUCACGCUCGCUCAGCAGCCGGCCGCCAGGUGGCGACCGCCAGCCCACUCUCAGUAAGUCUGGUCCUCACCCCCUCCCCCCCCCCAGCCCGAGCGGCAGCAGCAGCAGCUGCAGCGCCAGCCCGGGGGCGGCGUGAGUCAGGGGCGCGGCGGCGGCUGCACAAGCGGCAGCAGUGGCGGCGGCGGCAGCUCGCACCUGGGCGGGGAGGGGAGAGAGCCGGGGAAGGGAGGGCAGGGCUAGGAUGGGACGAAGCCCGGCCCGCCCAGCCCUCUGGCCCCGGGCGGGGAGCGGCGGG